GCAACCACCACGGCUCCGGAUGAACGGCUCCAUUUUAAUACGAAUGCUUUUCCAAUUCCAUCCCUGCAGUACUUUUGGAUACAGCAGAUAUUUGGGGCGGGGGAGGGGGCAAGUGGCAUACAGCUGUAUGGUGACCUGUUUAAGGAGAACCACAUUACAGGCAAGAGGCUGCUGCUGCUCACGGAAACGGACAUGCGAGACCUGGGGGUCAAGUCCAAAGGUCACAUCAUGCACCUCAAGAGGGAGAUUGAGAAGCUAACCAAUGAUUACAUGGUGCUCUUCCACUUCCCUCCACUAAUGAAGGAUGAGUGUGCAGAGGAGGAGGAGGAGGAGAGGAGGAAGAUUGUUCAUCUGGAGCUGGUGUUUGGGUACCACUGGAAAGCGGGAACAGGUCACUCGGACUGCAAAUGGAAAAUGUACAUUGAACUUGACGGAGAUGAAGUUGCAACAACGUACAUCAAGGAUGUGACCUUUAAUGCCAACAGACAGGAUGUGGAUGUCCUGAAGAUGACCAAGCCUCCAUUUGUGAUGGACAAAUGGGUAGUUGGACUAUGGGAGAAUGAGGUUGUUGACUGCAUUGUAAAUUAUGAGAAUGAUGUGAGAUCACCCAGGUGUACGAGACAUAGCCAUGCAGUGAGGUGGAACCCCACCGGUGGACGAGAUGAGAUCAAGACUGUGGAGCUGCUGAUAGAAACAGCUCAGUUAAACAUUGAAGGAAACCCCAGAAGCAGAUCAAACUCAAAAGAUGUGGAUCCCAGAUGGUUGUACAACCUGAGACAGAGGCAGCUGAAGAGCCAGUCAGCAGCACAGCAGCAUGGUGCCCAGACCCCCACCGGAGGCUCAGAAACCCGCACCCUGUCUCAGUUCCUGUCUGCAUAUGGAGAUCAGGCCUCUUCCUACGCUGCAGCAGUGCGGAGGUCUCCCAACAGCCCCCUCUCUCCCUGGUGCUCCCGCAGCUCGUCCCCUACCGCAGGCCUGUCCACCACCGCAGGCCUGUCCGCCAUGCUCUCCCCCCUCUACCUAGGGUCAAAGGGCAGCAGCCCCUCCAGCACCACCUCAGAGAGUCCCUUGGAGCGCGAACGCCUGCUCAGUGCCGGGGAAGUGCAAGGUUACCACAGGCACAGAAGCUACAUUGACAACUCAUUGAGUGCAACAAGGGGCCACAACAGAGACACGUGGUCCCAUACAAGGGGCAACUUCACACAGAAUAAGUCAAACAGAACCUCACAGCAAAUGGGGAGGCCCCGGACCAAUAAUUACAGUGUAGCAGGUCAGAACCGAGCCAGGGUGAUACCGGGCAUAUCGGCGGUGGUGGAAAACCUCAGUACAGAGCAAGAGGGAGCUAAAGUCAGUGAGGGGGGAUGGAUCAAAGUGGAGCGCCAAAAAAGGUUACCUCGACAGGACAAUAAACAGGCCAGAGGAAGACAGAGGAGAGGGUGUAGAGGUGGCCGUGGUGGACGAAGCGGAGAAUCAUUUGCUGUUUGAAAGUGUUAACAUCUCUUAACAGACUGGACAUCAGGUUUCCUUUGAACAUUAACCUUCACACAACUUCUAUAUAUACACAUUUUCUCUCUGGG